UGCUCUCUGUCACUACACCCGGGACGGAUCCUGCCCAGCCUGCCAGCAGCCAGCAUGGCGACUCCUCUGACCGACCAGGAGAAGCGCAAACAGAUCAGCAUCAGAGGGAUCGUGGGGGUGGAGAAUGUGGCCGAGCUGAAGAAAGGCUUCAACCGACACCUGCACUUCACCCUGGUCAAAGACAGAAACAUCGCGACACCCAGAGACUACUACUUCGCUCUGGCUCACACCGUCAGGGAUCACCUGGUGGGCAGGUGGAUCCGGACUCAGCAGUUCUACUACGAAACAGACCCUAAGAGGAUUUAUUAUCUGUCUCUGGAGUUCUACAUGGGCCGGACGCUCCAGAACACCAUGAUCAACCUGGGGCUGCAGAACGCCUGCGAUGAAGCCAUCUACCAGCUUGGCCUGGACAUGGAGGAGCUGGAGGAGAUGGAGGAGGAUGCAGGACUGGGAAACGGCGGUCUGGGGAGACUGGCAGCUUGUUUCCUGGAUUCGAUGGCCACGCUGGGUCUUGCAGCGUACGGUUACGGCAUUCGAUACGAGUAUGGGAUCUUUAACCAGAAGAUAAGAGACGGCUGGCAGGUGGAGGAAGCAGAUGAUUGGCUGAGGCAUGGAAACCCCUGGGAGAAAGCACGUCCAGAGUACAUGCUGCCUGUUCACUUCUACGGACGGGUGGAAGAAACAAAAGACGGCUCCAAGUGGGUCGACACGCAGGUGGUUUUAGCGAUGCCUUAUGACACGCCCAUCCCCGGCUACAUGAACAACACUGUGAACACAAUGAGGCUGUGGUCGGCCCGCGCUCCCAACGACUUCAACCUCAGAGACUUUAAUGUUGGAGAUUACAUCCAGGCUGUUCUGGACAGAAACUUGGCAGAGAACAUCUCCCGUGUCCUCUACCCCAAUGACAAUUUCUUUGAAGGAAAAGAGCUCCGUCUGAAGCAGGAGUACUUUGUCGUGGCCGCCACACUCCAAGACAUCAUCCGCCGAUUCAAGACCACAAAGAAGGGCAGCCCCAGCCGGACAUCCUUUGAGAGCUUCCCUGAGAAAGUUGCAAUCCAGCUGAACGACACCCAUCCGGCCAUGGCGAUCCCUGAGCUGAUGAGAAUCUUUGUAGACAUUGAGAAACUCGACUGGGACACGGCCUGGGACCUCACCAAACGGACCUUUGCCUACACCAACCACACGGUCCUUCCCGAGGCUCUGGAGCGCUGGCCUGUGGAGCUGCUGGAGACACUGCUGCCCCGACACCUCCAGAUCAUCUACCAGAUCAACCAGAUCCACCUGGAUAAUAUCGCAGCUCUCUAUCCAGACGACGUGGACAAGCUGAGGUCAAUGUCUCUGAUCGAAGAGGACGGCUGUAAAAGAGUGAACAUGGCUCACCUCUGCAUCGUUGGAUCUCACGCUGUUAAUGGAGUGGCGGAGAUUCACUCCAACAUCAUCAAGACUGAAGUAUUUCGUAACUUCAGCGAACUUGAACCAGACAAGUUUCAGAACAAAACCAAUGGCAUCACUCCCCGACGCUGGCUGUUGCUCUGCAACCCCGGACUGGCCGAGCUCAUCGCUGAGGUCAUCGGGGAGGAUUAUGUGAAGGACCUGAGCCAGCUGCAGAAGCUCAACGACUUUGUUGAUGAUGCUGCCUUCAUCAGGGAUGUCUCCAAAGUCAAACAGGACAACAAGGUGAAAUUUGCUCAGUACCUGGAGAAGGAGUACCGGGUGAAAAUCAACCCAGCAUCCAUGUUUGACGUCCAUGUGAAGAGAAUCCAUGAGUACAAGCGUCAGCUCCUCAACUGCCUGCACAUCAUUGCCAUGUACAACCGUAUCAGGAAGAACCCCACAGCUCCUUUUGUCCCACGAACAGUGAUCAUCGGAGGAAAGGCUGCUCCUGGGUACCACAUGGCAAAGAUGAUCAUCAGACUGAUCACUUCAGUGGCUGACGUGGUUAAUAACGACCCCGUGGUGGGAAACAAGCUGAAAGUCAUCUUCCUGGAGAACUACAGGGUCUCUUUAGCAGAGAAAGUGAUUCCUGCCACAGAUCUGUCUGAGCAGAUCUCCACAGCCGGCACUGAAGCAUCAGGAACAGGAAACAUGAAGUUCAUGCUGAACGGAGCGCUGACCAUCGGCACCAUGGACGGCGCCAACGUGGAGAUGGCUGAGGAAGCCGGAGAGGAGAACCUGUUCAUCUUUGGCAUGAGGGUGGAGGACGUGGCUGAGAUGGACAAAAAGGGAUAUGACGCCAUGUCGUACUACAAGACGAUUCCAGAGCUCAAACAGGUGAUGGACCAGAUCACCAGCGGAUUUUUUAGCCCUAAAAAUCCUCAUCUGUUCAAAGACCUCACAGAGAUGCUCUUCAAACACGACCGUUUCAAAGUGUUUGCAGACUUUGAGGACUACAUGGCAUGCCAGGAGAAAGUCAGCAAACUGUACGAGAAUCCAAACGAGUGGACAAAGAUGGUGAUCAAAAACAUUGCUGCCACCGGAAAGUUCUCCAGCGACAGAACCAUCACAGAAUACGCCACCGAGGUGUGGGGGGUGGAGCCUACCGACCUGAAGAUCCCGCCUCCUAACGAGCCCAGAGAGGCCAUCGAGGAGACGGCCCGGGCCGUGAUGAAGAUGUGAGGCCAUCUGACGACCAGGGAGAGGGGCCGACUUAUGUUUACACAUCAUUCACUGUUUUCAGUUUCACACCACUCAGCUUUGACUCUGCAGAUUUCACUCACGGGUUUUUUAUUUCCAGCAUAGCCGAGUCAGAGCACUUGUUUAAAAAUGUCUGUUACAGUUCUGAAGCAAUGACACAUGAAGUAAACCAGGAAGCAUUUUGAGAUUCUUUCCUCCAUUUUCUACAUUUUUCCCAACAUUUUGACCUUUUCUCUCAAAGUGCAUUAUGAAAAAAAAAACUUUUCUGGUAUUUUUCCUUUGCACAUCAGACCCUGUUAUUUUCCAUACUUAGGGCAUGGCUCAGAGAACCUUUGUUGCAGUUUUUACAUGACACAUAUUUUACAUUCAGCACAAACACAGCAAGGGUUCAUCUGAAAAGGUCUAGGUCACAUUUAAACUUUAUAAAAUGCUCUGAAAAGAAAAUUUCUACCUUUUUUUCUCUCAAGAAUCUAAGAUUGCAUGCAAAAUUCUGACAUUUAAGUCAGAAUUCUGUGAUUUAAGUGAGAAUUCUGAUUUUUUUGCACUGAAUUGUGAUUUUAAUCUAAAAAGUCCAACUUUUCUCUUAGAAUCCUGUGACUUAAAUCUGAAUUAUGAGGGGGAAAAAUGAAAAUUUUGGGAUUAAAUGCUGAAUUAUAACUUUAACCACAAAAUCCUUAACUUUUUUCAAAGAAUUCUGAGACUGUUGUCAAAAUACUGAGGACAAAAGUCAAAAUUCAGAGAUUAAAUCUUGAAUUCUGGCAAUAAUUACAAAAUUAUGAGAUUAAAGGUCCUGUAAAAUGAUAAAAAAAACAACAACUUUAUUUUAGGUUUUUAGGUUUGUUGU